UAUCUCUGCUUCCGGUGUUAUGGCCGCUCGCAGAGCAGGGUGACAGUCAGGUGUGGGAGCUGUGGUAAUGAGCGCCGGGUGUUUAGGCAGGUGUGUUAGAGGAUGGCGGUGACGCAGCUAUUUCGGCUGGUAGUCGGUCGGACAGCGGCUCGCGCGCACAGGAGGUACAGCCAGGCGUGCCCAGCUUCAUCCGAGCGACUGCGGAUCUUUGAGUCCCUCAGGGAUAAACGCUGCAGCCAGAGCAGAGUUGAAGCUACAGGAGCUCCGCUCAGCAUCCAGCUGGCUGAUGGCCGGACCGUGAAGGGGACCGCUGGUGUCACUACCCCUCUCUUUGUUGCGCAGAGUGCGCGUGUGAAAGGAGCCCUGGUCAGUAAGGUGAAUGGGGAGUUGUGGGAGCUUGGACAGCCCCUAGAGGCAGACUGCGAGCUGCAGCUUCUGGGGUUUGACACAGAUGAGGGAAGACAGGCGGCAUGGCGGACAGGAGCGUGCGUCCUGGGUGGAGUGUUGGAGAAUGAAUUUGGGGCCGAGGUUUGCAGAGAAGGAGCGUCCGAGCUCGGCCUUUACUGUGACCAUCUACUACACGACGGUGCCUGGUCUCUGAGUGAUGUGGAAGAGAGAUGUAAGAAGGCUGCAGCACUCAAGCUUCCUCUGUCCCGACUGGAAAUCAACUCUGAAGAGGUCCGACAGCUCUUCCAGAACAGUUUGCUGAGACUUCAGCUCGUCGAGGAGCAGAUGAACGGUCCCACCAUCACAGUCUACAGGUGUGGAGACAGCAUAGCGGUCUGCAAAGGCCCCCUCCUCCCACACACAGGCUUCCUCAAAGUGUUCAAGACACUCCAGCUGUCACCUGUGACCCUGGCCAAUCAGACGGAGUCCUCCGGUUUGAUGCGUCUUUUAGGUGUGGCCUUUCCAGGAGAGAAGGAUAAAGAGCAGUGGGAGAGCGAGCAGGAGGAGGCGAGGAGGAGGGACCACAGACGCAUCGGGACAGACCAGGAGCUGUUCUUUUUUAACGAUGUGAGUCCAGGAAGCUGCUUUUUCUUGCCUAAAGGAGCCUACAUCUACAACACCCUCACAGACUUCAUUAAGAGUGAGUACCGAAGGCGAGGAUUCAACGAGGUCGUGACCCCGACUUUGUACAGCACUGCAUUAUGGGAGCGCUCGGGUCACUGGGAGCACUACAGCGACAACAUGUUCACUGUGACAUCAGAGGGCUCUCAGACCUACGCUCUCAAACCCAUGAACUGUCCUGCACACUGUCUGAUGUUUGAGCAGCGCGUCCGCUCGUGGAAAGAGCUUCCUCUACGAUGGGCCGACUUCGGGGCGCUGCAUCGCAACGAGCUCUCCGGAGCGCUCGGCGGUCUCACUCGAGUUCGCCGCUUCUGCCAGGACGAUGCUCACAUCUUCUGCACACCCGAGCAGCUGGAAGAAGAGAUCGGGUCUUGUUUGGACUUUGUGAGGAGUGUGUAUCAAGUGUUUGGGUUUUCCUUCCACUGCCUCCUGUCUACGCGUCCUGCACCGUGCCUCGGGGAGCCUGAGCAGUGGGACAACGCUGAGCAGCAGCUGGAGAGGAGUCUGCAGCACUUUGGUGAGCGUUGGGAGUUGAAUCCAGGAGACGGCGCCUUCUACGGACCCAAGAUUGACAUUCUGAUUAAAGAUGCUAUUGGCAGACAACACCAGUGUGCCACCAUCCAGUUGGACUUCCAGCUGCCAAUCAAAUUUGACCUUCAAUAUGUUGGUCGGGACGGACAGUUGCGGAGGCCAGUGAUGAUCCACAGAGCGGUGCUGGGAUCCCUGGAGAGAAUGAUCGCUAUACUGGCCGAAAACUUCGGAGGGAAAUGGCCUCUGUGGUUGUCGCCGGCGCAGGUCAUGGUCAUUCCUGUGGGGGGCAACAGCGAGUCGUACAGCAAACAGGUGGUGCAGCAGUUCAGUGACGCCGGCUUCAGGGCCGAUUUGAAUGAUGAUCAGGGAGCGACCUUAAAUAAGAAGAUCCGCUCUGCUCAGCUCGCCCAGUACAACUACAUAUUUGUGGUGGGAGAUAAGGAGAGCGAUAGUGGAGCAGUGAACGUGCGCUGCAGAGGCGGCGUGCAGCUGGGGAGGCGGCCGACAGAGGAGGUGCUGACAUCCCUCACACGGCUACGAGACACCAGGAGCAACUUGGAAGAGUUCUGAUGAAAAGGUCCUCGAUAAUGAGGAGUCCCUCAUGUAGUAAGUGUUGUUGUACAUGUUCAAGCUGGUAUACUUUGGCUUUGUUCAAAGAGAUGGCUGCUAAAAAUUUGUAAUAAAAGAAUAUCAAAUCUA